AUGACUUCAGCAGCAGACAUCCCAGCCUCCAAAAGCGAUGACAGCGACACGGGCGCUCGCCACCUUGCUCCCCAAGCAGGUUCCUAUGAUCAUGAAGGCGACUCCGAAGAAGCACAACUCGGAAGACUGGGCCGCCAACGACCUCCUCAGCUUGGCUCCUUGUGGAAAGAAAUCGCCUUCGUCUUUGCCAUUACAGUAUCGCAGCUGCAAAACGAGUACUUUGUAUCGGGCUUCACGAUUCUACUCCCUACCGUGGCACAAGCUCUGGACAUUCCGGCGGCGUCGCAGACGUGGCCGGCUAGCGCUUUCUCCCUUGCCGUUGCAUCGUUUCUGUUACCAUUCGGGCGUUUAGGAGAUAUGUACGGCGGCUACCCAAUGUACAUCGGCGGUUGCACCUGGUACCUUGUCUGGUCUAUCAUCGCAGGCUUCGCGCGCAGUGAGCUCAUGUUGGUCCAGCAGCCUAUCUACCAGCGGGACUUCAGAUGCUGGGAGCGAUGUAUCGUCCCGGGCCUCGCAAGAAUAUGGUCUUUUCGAUUCUUUUCCGCUGGCGUGGCGGGCGAGUAUGCGACGUGGAGAUGGUACUUCUGGAUUGGUGCCAUGCUGAUUGCUCUCACCACUCUGGCAGCGUUUUACUCCAUCCCGUCGGACAUCGAGGAGCACAAUGUGACGAUUGUUGGCGGCUUGGUGCUUGUCGUCUUCGCGAUCACCGACUCUGCGCACAGCAGCUGGGCCUCACCGUUGAUUUUGACGACUUUUCUGAUCGGAAUUGCCUUGCUGGGAAUCGCCGUCUACGUUGAAGGCUGGGUCGUUGAGGAGCCGCGUCUACCCUUCGACCUCUUCCAGCAUAGAUACUUGCGACCGCUAAUCCUGGGACUUCUGUUCAUGUACGGAACGCUGGGGAUCUACCUGCUCUACGUAACACUUUACUCCAUGAAUGUCCUCAACACCAGUCCAAUGCAACUCGUUGCAUGGUACGUCCCCCAUGGGACUAUCGAAAUCCUCUUAGCAAUCUUUGGCGGCAUGGUACUCCACACCCUCUCGCCCCGAAUUCUGAUGUUUGUUACCGGAGUCGCCAUCAUGAUCGAGUCGCUUCUCUUCGCUCUGGCGCCAGUUGAUGCUAGCUACUGGCGCUGGAUCUUCAUACCCAUGAUACUAUCAACGGUCGCAGUCGACUUCAUCUUCAAUGUCUUCAAUAUCUACUUCUCGACCCAGCUACCAGCCCGCCAACAAGGUUUGGCAGGCUCACUCAGCAACGCUACAAUGCAGCUCGGUAUUGCGCUUAUGCUGGGCUUCGCGGCGAUUAUCACUACGGGAACAGCGCACCAGGGUCUGAGGAAAAGCUAUCAGAAUGUUUUCUGGUUCAACUUGGCUUGCGGUGCCACAGCGCUGGCCAUCUUCAUGGCAUUUGUGAGAACGAUCGUGCCAAGAGUGAUCUCACUGCGGAUGAGAAGGAGGAACUCGAGAGGGCGACUGCUGACGACCGAUAGCAGUUUCCGCGGAUUUGCCUGA